AUGGAAACUAGAAGUAAAAAGAAAGUCCUCGACCCGCCCGACCGGGAGCCGUCACCGCGUGCCGGCACCAGCACCCGCGCGCCUUCGCCGCGUUCCGCACGUGGUAGCCGCGUGCCCUCGCCGCGCGAUACGCAUAACAGCCGCGUACCGUCGCCGCGUUCCGCGCGAAACAGCCGCGCGCCAUCGCCGCUCCCCGUACGUCGUGGUAGCCGCACGCACUCGCCGCUCCUCGGGCGGAACAGCCGCGCGCCAUCGCCGCUCCCCGCACGUGGUAGCCGCGCGCACUCGCCGCUCCUCGGGCGAAUCAGCCGCGCGCACUCGCCGCUCCUCGGGCGAACCAGCCGCGCCCCGUCCCGAAUGUUUUCGGCAAUAAGCCGAACUCCAUCACCACGGCCGGCGCUUCGCGCGCCAUCACCGGCUCCGUCGCAUAGUUCUACAGCCUGGUCCACCGCAAGUCACCGACGACGACAGACUGCGAGGGACGACGCCGCCGACCGCGUACAAGAACUCCGACGCGAAGCAGAGUACCUGGAGCUGAAAGCGAGGUUACUAAAAGAACAAAUGAGGCAAGACUCCGCGCCGACGACCACGAUCGAGCGAACGCUCACUAAACUACUAGCAAGACAAUCGGUCAAAGAGCUGCCGCCUUUUUCCGGUGACGUCCUAGAAUGGCCGAUCUUCUAUAGCCAAUUUAAAACAACGACCCAGUUGUGCAAAUACAGUGAAGAGGAAAACAUCGCGCGGCUCAUGAAAAGCCUAAAAGGUAAAGCUCGCGAUGCCGUGUCUGCUUUAUUAGUUAGCGCAACUGGCCUCGAUAAAAUUAUUUCGACGCUUAAGCUCAGAUUCGGCCGACAAGACCACCUCAUUGAGGUAAUGCUUUCAAAAAUUCGUGCCAUCAAUAAUAUAAGGCACGACGACGUCAACGGCCUCAUCGACUACGCAACCUCUGUACAAAACAUCGUGGCAGCAAUGACACUGACAGAUGAAACGGGCCAUCUAACAAAUAUCACUUUAAUUCGGGAAAUCAUAUCGAAAUUACCGUCUAUCCUGCAAUACCAAUGGAGUUUUUACGUUUAUGACAGAUACUACGACCGUGUAACCAUGCAAACUUUGGCCGACUGGCUUAUGAAGACAGCGAACGCGGCCACACAUAUAGCUCCCAUUGUUUCGAAGUCCGUAGAAAAGCCUAGCCGUACGUUUGAGCCAUCAGCACGCUACGCUUCACCACGCAGUAAGCUCGCGCUAACGACAAAGCAACCUAUGACCAGCCGACCCGCCGUGUUCACAGUAAACAAAAAUAACAGUAAGUCAACUAAGAAGUGCGUCAUGUGCGAAGACAACCACGAUAUAGAGAAGUGCCCUAAAUUCCUGGCCCUCUCUAUGGACGCCCGCUGGCAGUACGUGACAUCUAGGGCACUGUGCUUUUCGUGCAUGUCACCUCGGCACCAGAUCUUGGAGUGCUACAACAAAAAAAAAUGUGAACAUUGCAAAAGAUCACACCACACGACGCUACACGCCGAGCCGAAGCCCGCCGAACCGAACUCUUUGAUGCCCGAUCCGAAGCCCUCAUCAGCCGCCGCUGUCGUCACUCACACUAACGUGCAGCCGACUAGUCACGUUAUACUCAAAGUCGCCAGAGUGGUGGUCAGUGGGCCGCUGGGAUCGGAGAACAUAUUAGCGAUGCUUGACGGAGGAGCCGGUGUCAGUCUUAUGGACGAUGAUCUCGCAUGCCGCCUCGGAGUCUCCGGCCCUGCGACGGACCUACGCCUCACGGGAGCAUGCAGGAUGCAGGCUGCAGCCAAGGGCUCGCAACGCGUCAGCAUCAACGUCCGCGGCGUGAAGGUUGAAGACUCCUACGAUAUUUUUGUCGAUACUGUUAAACAUUUAGCCUUGCCUAUGUAUAAACAUGAUUUAGGUAGGCUAGGGCGUAACCAUGAUUUAAUAAAAAGAUUUUACGACGACUUAGGGACGACUGACGACAUUGACGAACGACCGUUACUUCUUUUAGGUACUGACAAUGUAGACCUUAUUGUCACUAGGGAGCUCUUCUCAGGGCGAAACUGCAGUGACUCACUCUACGUGUGCCUCACUCGCCUGGGACACGUAGUGCAUGGCAAAAGUCCUAACAUUUUGCCUAAUGACGUUGCAGUCCUGCAUUUAUGCGCCUGUGAGGAGCUCAAUUAUGCAAUAAAACAGUCAUUUUCGACCGAGGGAUUUGGUGUCAAACCGUAUACCGACGUUCCUCGAUCGAAAAACGACUUAAAAGCCUUAACCAUUUUAGAAAAUACGUCAAAAUUAGUAGGUGACAGGUGGGAGACAGGCCUUCUUUGGAAGGAUGACAUACCUGAUCUGCCUGACAGCUACAAUUUGGCGCUCAAACGUCUUGACGGCAUUAAGAAAAAAAUGUCUAGACUGCCAGAGUUCGCAAGACGUUAUUCGGAUAAGGUUAAAGAAAACCUUGAAAAAUGUUAUAUUUCAAAAUUGAAUGACAGAGACGUAGCUGUCAGGACAGGAAAGACAUGGUUUUUACCGCACUUCGCGGUUUUUAAUCCUAACAAACCUGACAAGCUGCGAAUAGUUCUCGAUUGCGCCGCUAGGGUGUCGGGGAAAUCGCUCAAUGACCACCUUCUAAGCGGGCCUGACUUUUUGACUUCCCUCCCUGGGGUACUGCUCGCCUUCCGCUGCCACAAGGUGGCAGUAGUGGGUGACAUUCAAGAGAUGUUCCACAGGGUGCUAAUCAGGGAAGAGGACAGACAAGCACAGCGACUUCUAUGGGUCGAUGGUGAGUACGUCAUGAACGUCAUGACGUUUGGCGCCAUAUGUUCACCGGCAUCGGCUCAAUACGUAAAAAACCAAAAUGCUCGUCGCUUUGAAGACUCUCAUCCAAAAGCCGUAGACGCGAUAAUCAAUCACCACUACGUCGAUGACUAUAUCCACUCCAUUGAAACCAUAGACGAGGCGAUCAACACAGUGGAUGACGUACUACGGAUACAUGCAUCCGGAGGCUUCAACAUGCGAAACCUUAUGUCAAAUUCGAAGGAGCUACUGCGACACCUGCCAGAAGAUAAGCUUGCACCUGGAGGAGUGAAAUUCUUGGCGGACAACAAAGAAGAGCAACUCGAACGAGUCCUAGGCGUUAACUGGGACCCUGAAGCAGACACCUUUGCUUUCAGCAUGAAGUUCCACAGCGUCAGCCAAGAUCUUCAGUCUGGAACGAAGCGCCCAAGCAAGCGAGAAGUGCUCCGCCUCAUUAUGAGCGUCUUUGACCCUUUAGGGUUUCUCCUACCGACCACCAUCAAGGGAAGACUGAUCCUUCAGGACGUCUGGAGAGAUGCCAUUGGCUGGGACGACGAGAUCGGGUCUAGCCAUUAUGACCGAUGGAAGACCUGGCUAAACAAGCUCGAACAAGCGAAGAGUACGAGGAUCCCAAGAUGGCUGAUGACUGAAGAUUCCGCCAUGGGAGAGCAGGUACAGCUUCAUAUCUUUUGUGACGCCAGCUCCCGAGCAUUCUCGACCGUCGCUUACCUACGAUUGCCAUUGCUUAAAGGUAAAUGGCACCUAGCCUUUGUGAUGUCCCGAGGACGCAUAGCUCCACUCAAGACCCUCAGCAUCCCUCGACUCGAACUUCAAGCUGCUGUCAUGGGUGCUCGUCUCUCCCGCGUUUUGAGGGAGUACAUUAAAUUUGACGGACCUACGACGUUCUGGACCGACUCGAAGACUGUUGUCGCCUGGCUGAAGUCUGACACGGGGCGUUUCAAGCCUUUCGUCGCGCAUCGCGUUGCCGAAGUCACCGAGCUGACAGACUUCCGUGACUGGAGGUGGGUGCCGACGGACCUCAACCCUGCCGACGACGCAACGCGCGAUGAAGACGCCAUCGAUCGCUCGAGAUGGCUGAACGGACCCGACUUCCUGAAACAGCCCGAAGAGACCUGGCCCAAACCUGACACUGAAGCAUCUUUGGACCCCGACGACGUUGAGGUCAAGGCCGUGUGCUUAAUAAACAGACAUUGCGGACGUGCUCUCCCAGACAUCAGACGGUUCUCCAAAUAUUGGAGAUUCGUGAGGUCUGUAGCCUGGCUUCUCAGGUACGUGAGGAACGCCAGACAACAGCAACUAGGCUCUAUACAAGCCGGCGAACUGACUGCGCAGGAGCUCGACAAUGCUGAACGACUGUGUGCCGUUGACUCCCAAGAGAGAACCUUUGCCGAAGAAAUCUCCACGCUACGACGGUCUAACACGGUGAGCAACAAAAGCUGCCUUCGGCAGCUGACCCCGUAUUUAGACUCUGAUGGUCUCCUACGUGCCCGUGGUAGGACCGAAUCCGCGGUAAGCCUGACUGCAGAAGCCAAACGCCCAAUCAUCUUGCACCCGAAAGAUGAGUUUACGCGACUGCUGGUCCGCCAGCAACAUCUUGACCAAGCGCACGUGAACCGAGAAGAAGCUCACCUCAACCUAAGACGCAAGUGGUGGAUAGUCAGCGGGAGGAAUGCUGUGAAAACCGCCUGGAACGACUGCCAGGUCUGCAAGAAUGCUCGUGUCAAGCCGUCUCCCCCACUAAUGGGGCAGCUGCCGGACAUGAGAGUCACGCCAACAGGCCGUGCCUUCACUCAUACUGGACUCGAUUACUUCGGGCCGAUGACUGUGAAGAUUGGACGCCGCCAAGAGAAACGCUACGGUGCCCUGUUCACUUGCAUGACAGUCAGAGCCAUUCACAUAGAGCUCGCGAGCGACCUGACAACGACGAGCGCCCUAAUGGCUCUGCGACGUUUUAUCGCCAGACGUGGAUGCCCGAAAACAAUAUGGAGCGACAAUGCGACCACCUUCAGGGGAGCUGACCGCGAACUCACGCAAGCCGUACGAGCCAUCGACCGAGACGAGCUUACCCGCUUCAGUAGCCCUCGGCAGAUAGAAUGGAGAUUUAUUGCUCCUGUAGCUCCGCACAUGGGAGGCUGCUGGGAGCGAAUGGUCAGAGCCGUGAAGACUGCGCUGAAAGCCACCCUCAAUACCAGGAUCCCCAGGGAGGACACCCUCACCACUCUGCUGGCUGAGGCGGAAGCAAUCGUGAACGGCAGGCCGCUUACCUACGUCCCCCUAGAUCACAAUGACGACUUACCACUUACGCCUAAUGACUUCCUAAUGCCGAUGACAGACCGGACAGGAAUGACUGCAACUUCCGGAACCUUCAACGACGGGGACCUCCUGCGGCGGUCGUGGCGAGAGUCUCAGAGGCUGGCUGACUUACUGUGGAAGCGCUGGGUGAAGGAGUAUUUACCCACCUUGACAAGGCGCGAAAAGUGGUACCAGUCCUCAACCCCCCUCGCUGAAGGUGACAUAGUCGUCAUAGCCGACAGCCAGUCACCUCGCAACCUGUGGCCGCGAGGAAGAGUAGUGAAGACUUACCCAGGACGUGACGGACAGGUCCGAGUGGCAGACGUCCAAACCGGUCAUGGACUGUACCAGCGACCGGUGACUAAACUAUGUAGACUUGACGUGAGACCGACGCAGGAUUGA